AUGGGCUGGGCGGCAGCCGGGUCCAGGGGAGAGGGACGGGGGCCGGGGAAGCGAUGGGAGCCGGGCACGGCCCGGGAGCCGCUGCCAGGGCUGGCUGCAGGCGGGGAGGGCGGGUUCGGGCUUGGGCAGCUCGGGGGCACGCCGUGCCCUCGGUGCCACCGCCUCCAGCCCCGCGGCACGGGCCGGCUGUCUCACCCCAAGCUCAGCUCGCCGACCUUGCUGUGCCCCGAACGCAGCCGGGGUAGGGAGAUUCUGGGAGGUGGCCCCGAGCUCCGGGGCACCCUGAGCCCGGGGGAAGCUCAGCCACCCCCUGCUCAGGGGAGCUGGCAGCCUGAAGGGGCUCCAGCAGCCCUCGGGCUGCCCUGGAGCUCCCAGGGAGGAUAUCCUGGAGGUCUGGAUCUGCAUCCCCGAGGUCUGGGACACCCUGGAUCUGCAUCCCCGAGGUCUGGGACACCCUGGAUCUGCAUCCCCGAGGUCUGGGACACCCUGGAUCUGCAUCCCCGAGGUCUGGGACACCCUGGAUCUGCAUCCUGGAGGUCUGGGACACCCUGGAUCCACAUCCCUGAGGCCUGGGACACCCUGGAUCCACAUUCCUGGAGGUCUGGGACACCCUGGAUCCGCAUCCCCGAGGUCUGGGACACCCUGGAUCCGCAUCCCCGAGGUCUGGGACACCCUGGAUCCGCAUCCCCGAGGUCUGGGACACCCUGGAUCUGCAUCCCCGAGGUCUGGGACACCCUGAAUCUGCAUCCCCGAGGUCUGGGACACCCUGGAUCUGCAUCCCCGAGGUCUGGGACACCCUGGAUCCGCAUCCCCGAGGUCUGGGACACCCUGGAUCCGCAUCCCCGAGGUCUGGGACACCCUGGAUCUGCAUCCCCGAGGUCUGGGACACCCUGGAUCCACAUCCCCGAGGUCUGGGACACCCUGGAUCCGCAUCCCUGAGGUCUGGGACACCCUGGAUCCAAUCUCCUCCUGCUCGGGGGGAGCUGGCAGCCCAAGGGAAGGGUCCCCAUCCCUCGGGCUGUCCCACGGCCUGAGCCGCAGGCUGAGCACUCCCGGUGCUGGGCGAAGCCUCCAUCCCGGGGGUCAGCAGAGCCCCCCCAAAUCCAUCCCUGGCACGGCCCCCCCCGUUCUCAGCUCCCAGCAGGAUCAGGGCCGAGCCGUGCUGAAUUCCAGGGCCCGUCGGGCGGCUCCGGGAGGGUUCGGAGCAGACAGAUUCAUCCGAACACCGCCGGCCCCGCAGCCCCACGCGGCGGCUCCGGCACCCGGCGAGGAGCGAAUAAAUCAGCGCUCCCUUCCCCCUUCCUCCUGAGCUUUCUCCAAGCCGUCCUCCAGGCGGGAUCACAGCGGUUUUUCAUUUAUUUAUUUAUUUAUUUAUUUAUUUAUUUAUUUGCCGCCGAGCGAAAACAAAAGCCCCGGAGCGCCAGGGGACCGCGAGUGACGGUGGCGGCCACCCCGGCUGGCUCUGCCGGCAACCACCGGCAGCAUCCGGCACGGCCCCAUGGAAUUUGGGAAUGGCCGGGCUGGAAAGGAGCUUAAAGCCCGUCCAGUUCCACCCCUGCCGUGGCAGGGACACCUUCCCCCGUCCCAGGUUCCUUCAAGCCCCGUCCAACCCGCCCUUGGAACCCAGGGGCAGGCAGUUCUGUGGGAAACCUGUGCCAGUGCAUCCCCAGCUCCGCAGGGAGGAAUUCCUUCCCUGUUCCUCACCCUAUUGAUCCCUCCUUCCAGCACGGCCCCUGUCAGGAGGGAAAAUUGCUGAGCUCCCGGCGCAGCUCCGCUGCCAACGAGGAUUUGUGGCGUUCAAUAAAUAUUAUUA